AUGGCUCUAACUUCAGCAUCUGACGAUCUGGCCGUACAUCAGUCGGAUACGAAUAACGCAAUGGGAAAUAUUCACGACCACGAACACGUUGAGAAUAAUGAGAAACCUCUUCAUUUUCCAGAUGAAGAUCAUCUCAAUGUUACGACAUCAACGGAACAGAUGAUUAAGGAUGCGAGAGCUUCUACGGAAAAAGAGCAUAAUAUGACAUUACUUCAGGGGAUCAAGUUGUACCCAAAGGCUAUCGCUUGGUCUCUUCUUAUCUCAACAUGUAUUGCUAUGGAAGGAUAUGAUGUUUGUUUACUCAGUAACUUUUAUGCAUUCCCUCAAUUCAACGAGAAAUAUGGUGAACAAUUAGCCGAUGGAACAUGGCAGGUGCCAGCUAGAUGGCAAGCCGGUUUGAGUAACGGUGCGAACGUUGGUGAAAUUAUCGGUCUAUUUAUCAAUGGUUGGGUAUCGGAAAGAUUUGGAUAUCGAUACACGGUCAUGACUUGCUUGACUCUCAUCAUUGCGUUUACGGCCAUCUUCUUCACCGCUCAAGACGUGAUUGCACUUGAGAUUGCUGAAAUUCUUUGCGGUAUUCCAUGGGGAGUCUUUCAAACGCUUACCGUCACUUACGCCUCAGAAGUUUGCCCUCUAGGACUCCGGGGGUAUCUUACCACAUAUGUCAACUUCUGUUGGGGAUUAGGUCAAGUCAUUGGAAUUGGAGUCAUCAAAGCCAUGUUACCCCGAACAGAUGAAUGGGCUUAUAGAAUUCCUUACAGUCUUCAAUGGAUGUGGCCCGUUCCACUUUUGGUUGGUAUUGCGCUUGCUCCAGAAUCUCCAUGGUGGCUUGUCAGAAAAGGAAGAACUGCAGAUGCUAAAAAAUCACUUCUUCGAUUGACUAGUCUGAAUAAGGAGACAGACUUUGAUGCUGAUGAGACUAUUGCGAUGAUGGUUCAUACCACCGCAAUUGAGGAGAAACUCACGAAAGGAGCUAGCUAUAUGGACUGCUUUAGGGGUGUAGACAGACGUCGAACCGAGAUUGUCUGCAUGGUAUGGGCGAUGCAAAAUUUGAGUGGGAAUUCUUUUUCAGGCUACUCUACCUAUUUCCUCGAACAAGCCGGCCUACCCACCUCAACAUCAUACGAUUUCGCUUUAGGUCAAUAUGGUAUCAACAUGGCCGGAGUAUUCGGGGCCUGGUUUCUCAUGAGUAUUGGAAUUGGUCGACGAUCCCUUUACCUCUACGGUCUUUGCGUCUUGUGCCUUAUGCUUCUCAUCCUCGGAUUUCUCGGGCUCGUCCCCGCUUCACAUAAAAGUGAAGCCUCAAUGGCUACCGGUUGUAUCAUGUUAGUUUGGGCGUUAGCUUACCAGCUCUCUGUCGGAACGGUUUGCUAUUCUUUGGUUGCGGAGUUGUCUACAAGGAGACUUCAAAUUAAGACGGUCGUUUUGGGAAGAAACCUUUAUAAUAUUGUGGGGAUUGUUUGUAGUGUUAUUACGCCAUAUAUGCUCAAUCCUGGGGCUUGGAAUUGGGCAAAUUAUGCGGGGUUCUUUUGGGGUGCAAUAUGUUUCCUCUGCAUCAUCUACACCUAUUUCCGCCUCCCCGAACCCAACGGCCGCUCUUUCGCCGAACUCGAUCUACUAUUUGAGAGAGGUGUUAGUGCGAGGAAUUUCGCAAGCACGAAGGUGGACGUUUUUGACGAUGAUGUGAGUUUGGACAGUACAUCGGCGGUGAAGAAUUACGACGAGAAGGUGAUUGCCAGUGUGACUGAGAAGGAUGUUGGUGCUGCUGCAUCAUGA